CCACGGGGACAAAAUGGCGGACGUCAAUGAAAAGACAACUCCAGUGAAGAAAGGGCCUUACGAGAUCCCUUCAUGGGCCGGUAAACCCCCUCAAGGAUUGCACUUGGAUGUUAUGAAAACAGAUAAACUUGUGGAGAAACUUAUAAUCGAUGAGAAGUCCUGCUACUUGUUUGGAAGAAACAAAGAUACUUGCGACUUUUCGUUGGAACAUACAUCCUGCUCCAGAGUCCAUGCUGCCCUAGUAUUCCACAGGCAUCUCAAAAGAUGUUUCUUGGUUGACUUGGGAAGCACUCAUGGAACAUUCAUAGGAACAAUAAGAAUUGAAAAACAAAAACCAACUCAAGUCCAGGUUGAUAGUGUGAUAAGGUUUGGUGCAUCGACACGUAGUUAUACUCUCAGAGAAAAGCCUACCGGUUCAUCAAAAGGGGAAAAAGACAUGGGAGAUGAAAAUGAAGAAAACAAUCAGGCUGGGCUGCUGGGAUUACCAGAAUCUGACACUGAAUUAGAUGAUCUUACAGAAUUUAAUACAGCGCAUAACAAGAGGUUAGCUUUAGCUGGACUGGAUGAGUCAUCUGGCAAUCUAGGAACCAUGUCUAAAUUAUCACGCAAGAGGAAGUCUUCCAAUAAUGUUUCAUUCAAAGAUUCUGAGGAAAUUAUAAAUCCAGAGGAUGUUGAUCCCAGUAUUGGCAAGUUUAGAAACAUGAUUCAUACUUCAGUGGUUGUACCUAACAAAAAAAUCCGUGUAUCAGGAACUGGAAGUGGGAGUAUGACGGACAGCAUAACAAGACGUUUACAGAGUUUCCCAUACUCUCAAGGACUUUAUGCAAACCUGCCUGGAACAGGUGGUGACCAGCCUACUUCACCAACCUCUCCCACCUCACCUACGGCAUCACUACCCAAGUUGAAUAUUACAUCAGCACCAGAGGUUGAAUCUCCUACUAUGCAACACAUUCAUAUGGCUCCUGAGUUGUUUCAUCCUAAGACUGCUGCUUUUAUACCCAAUAUGCAAUCUGAAGCUCCUAAGAAAAAGAAAUAUGCAAAGGAGGCUUGGCCUGGGAAGAAGCCAACUCCAUCUCUGUUAAUAUAGGAAAUUAUUAGGAUAUUUUUAGAUGGUAUUGGUUAGUGUUUACGUCAAACCUUCUUGCUUCAGUCACACAAAGUUCCUUGGCCAAUGAGAUUGGUUCCAGUUUUUACAUUCCAAUUCCAGAAGAGCUUCUGAUUGGCUCUUUAAAAGCGAUUCAUGAACAAGCAUUUUUAAUCUUUUAAUCUUGUCCAAGCUAAAAAGCGUGCUUAAAUAUAUGUAAAGACACUAUUUUUCUUGGAUAUUUUUUCAUCUGACUUGAAUUGAAUCUCCCACAGAAAAAAUAUUUUCUCCUGGGACUGUCGUAGUAAUGGUGAAUAGCAGUUUCACUAAGUGAAUCCUUAUCCAAUGGAUAAAGUUCAUACAAAAUCUAUGGAGAAGAUACUUUUAUCCGGCCAUCCUUCAGUACAACAGCAAGAUUCCUCACAAAACAAACUGAACAUUUUCUUCAGUGACGUUUGGUAUUCUACCAACAUUAGGGUUAUUUUAUAAAGCUUGGGUUUUCAAAUAGGUCUCUUUGACCUUUUCUGAAAUAGUAUUACGCAUUGCAUUGUGGUUUAGAUUCAGUACAAACAUCUUUUGUUCAUGCAGCCAAAUAUGGUAUUGUACUGAAGCUAGACCACAAUGCAUCAUUUUUUAUGCAUUCAAAAAAAGGUUCAUGUCAAUACUAGUGCACAAGAACAUCGCUGUGUGUUGGUUUGCUUUUGUUUACAUCACUUAUAUAAAUUAUUCCAAGCCAAAGAAUUCUGUGAGAGACGUCAUGCUUGGCAAAGGAGCCAAAUAAAAGAAAGAUCAGACUUUGUAUAAAAAUAUCUCUGUAAACUCCUGUAAAUAGCUCUCUUAAAUAUCAGUUCAUAGACAGCUAUGUAAGAAAACUUUGGGUGAUUUUAUACUGCAUAGUCCAAGACCGGAGUGCACUGUUGCUAUUAUAAUCCACGUUAAAAAGUAGCUGGUAUAGUGAGACCAAGAAAACUUCUUUUCAACGGCGAUAAAAAAGAACAAUAGUGCAUUUCGGUCUUGGAAUAAAUGGUUAGUAUUUAGUAUUCGACGUUUUCUAAAAGAGCUGUAUAAAUAAAGAAGUGAUAAUGGACUUCAUUUGCUGUC